CAUUUCAUUUCACUUUCUGAUUGAUUCUUUCUUGUAUCUUUGUCACUUCGACCACGAUUCACAACGAAUUAUUAUAAAUUUUUAAUUCGUUAUCAUCGCAUAUCAGUGUAUCGUGCAGACCAAUAAAUAAUCUGUUGUGUUGUUGUGUUGACAGUAUUUAGUAAUUAGUGACUUGUGAAUAAAUCCGCACCGAAUAUCGGAGUCCAAAGUGCAUCAUAGUUGUUUUUUCAAUAUUUUCAUUAGAGUUUUGAUAGUUCUGGGUUGGUUUUUAUUUGUGCCAACAUGUCUUUGGAGGAGAAAUUCGCAGCUGCUGUGAAAGUAAUCAGAAGUUUGCCGAAAAGUGGUUCAUUCCAGCCCAGCAAUGAAUUGAUGCUAAGGUUCUACAGCUACUUCAAGCAAGCGACGGACGGACCCUGUAACAAACCCAAGCCCGGCUUCUGGGACGUUGUAAACAGGGCAAAAUGGGAGUCAUGGAGCAGACUGGGCAACAUGCCGAAGGAUGAGGCGAUGCAGGCGUAUGUCGAAGAGUUACACAAGAUUGUAGAGACAAUGUCGUACAAUCCUGACGUGGCCUCGUUCCUGUCCGUGGACUCAGACGAACAGGGUUUCAACAACGAGCUGGCGCUAGUGGCCGGUGACGUCAUCGCGAGAGUGCGCUCUCAACAUAACACUCCUAUAGGAUCAGAUUCUGGCGCGUCGUCCCCUUCCCGCAGCCCCACCCCGCGCACCCGACACGACUCAGAAGACGAAUACAUCGACACGCUCGAUGUUAGUGUUAGCGAUCACCCCGAGUACGUCCCCCCGCCGCCCCUCACCCACCAGCAGCCGCCCCGCCUCAGCAACGGACACGCGCAUCAAAUCACUUCACAGCUCACACAGCUGAAGGUGCUGGAGCAGCUGCCGGGCGCGCUGGCGCGGCUGCAGGCCGACGUGGCCGCGCUGCGCCGCGCCGUCGAGGCCGAGCGCCGCGCGCUGCCCCACGCGUCGUCAUCAUGGCGUUGGCCGUGGCAGGAGCUAUCGUUACCGACUUUAUUGUUCGUGACGCUGUGGCCUCUGUUCGCGUACCGGAUACUGGCGCGCCGCAACAAGCUCAGGUCCUAACGCAUUGACGGUUGCCUAGUUGUAUGUGGAACACGCAGUUAGCUCGGCACCGGAUUUCCGGUCAUAUCCGAUUCUUAAAACAUGAGGUUUUAUAUGUGGUGUGAUAUGUGUGAGUGGAAAUGUGUGUUUCAUAUUAUAUAUAGUUUAAAGACGACGGGAAAAUUGGUCAGUGAUGUACAGUACACGAUUUUUUUACCGACGCAAAAACUUGUGUUAUAUGUUUGACCGCUAAGUGUGUCUGUCUGUCUGUGUACGUGGCACCGUAGCUUAUCAACGGUUGAACCGAUUUGGAUGAGGUAUUUUUUAUUUCAUUGCUAAUUUUUAUGCGGUGGUUCUUAGAUAUGUUUGAUCAAAAUCGGUUCAGCCGUUCAAAAGUUGUAGCGAAAUUAAUAAGUAUGGACAGUCGGGGUUUUUUUAAUUUGUCUAACAAAUAAACUUGUUACUGUUAAUACUUACAUUUGAAGGAUGGCCUUUUCCUGUUUGGUUCCAACGUUUGAUUCGCCUAUAUUGCCUUGUGGCAUUAAGUCCUCGUUGUUCAUUUUUUAAGUUGUGGAAUAAAGUUUAAAUACGUUAAAAAAUAGAUACACUGAACUCUUACAAUAUAUUGAUCGCAACAAAAAGAUUUGAAUUAUAUAUGUAAAUUACAAAAAAAUAGGAAAAAACGGAACCUAGGCACACUCGGAUGUUAGACAUAAUUGACGUUUAAAAUGUUUACCUACUUUUGCCCAGUAGUGGGCUUAAACAGCUAGAAAAAAAAACAUCUGCUUUGCCGAGAAAGUAUCGCUUAUAUAUACAUAAAUUAUUGUAUUUUACAACAUUGAAAAUUAACAAAAAAUAUUCAUGUUAAA